GUUCUCUGAGAGGUUCCUUUCUCCAGGGUUGCUGAGCAGGGGGCCAGGUCAGAAGCUGGGAACACCUGGGAGAGGAGUCUAGGCCAAUCCAUCUGCAUUUCGCACUCAGGGGACUGUCCACAUGAAGACCCUUCUGUUGUUGGCCUUGACCAUGGCCUUUGGCCUGCUGCAGACCCAUGGGAGUUUGCUGGAUUUCCAGAAAAUGAUUCGGUUGGCAACAGGAAAGGAUGCUGUGUCCAGUUAUGGCUUCUAUGGUUGCUACUGUGGCUUGGGCGGUCGAGGAACCCCCAAGGAUGCAACGGAUCGGUGCUGCGCCGCACAUGACUGUUGCUACAGACGUCUGGAGAAGCGGAAAUGUGGCACCAAGUUUCUGAACUACAACUUUGCUUACCGAAAUGGCCAAAUCGUCUGUGGGAAGCAGAAUAGCUGUCGCAGGCAGCUGUGUGAAUGUGAUAAAAGAGCUGCCUCCUGUUUUGCGAGAAACCUGAACACCUACAAGAAACAGUACCAAUUCUACCCCAACCGGAAGUGCCGUGGGAGAGACCUCCAGUGCUGAGGUCCCGCCCCUGGAAGUCUAGCCUCCCACGCUGAGCUCCCCUCUCUGGCCCCCACCCCUCCCCUCCCUGGCUAGUUCCUGCAAAGAAGGAAACACCCUUCUCCCAUCCCAGAGACAAGCCAGAGA